AGAUGUGAUGGGAGAUUUAGAAAAAUUGGUAGGAACGUUGUGGGGUACCAUAGGAUGACCAAACCUCCUUUGAAACAAUUGAGAGGGCGAUGAAAUGAAAUAAAGAAGACGGUCGGCCACACGAGCGAGAAGUAAUAUUAGUUAUUAGCGCCGGCGGGGCGGAGGCAGCCGCACAACCACCACCAAACCGCAAUCAUUGUCGGUUUGUUCCGAUCAAAACAAAACCAUGACGCAAAGAACUUGGCCGGAUCGCUCCGAUGCCUCUCCUUUCUCUUCCUUUUCUCUGUGCAGUAUGGGUAUCAGAGGCAAAGCCGCCGUCCAGGAUCAUGAUUUCUCUCCUCCUAUCCCUUCCCAUUCCCAUUCCAAGUCCAGUAAGCACGCCCACAGAUUCCACGCCUCUCCAUCCUCCCCCUCUUUCUCUGCCUUGCCUUACGAUAUUCUCAUCAAAAUCGCUGCCUCUUUUAACCUCCCAAAUCUCCGGGUUGCCUCCUUUGUCUGCAAGUCUUGGUUCGAGGCCCUCAGGCCUCUCAGGGAGGCUAUGCUGUUUCUGCGGUGGGGAAAGCGCUUCAAGCAUGGUCGUGCUGGGGUUCGCCCCAAUUCUGACAAGGCUCUUAAUUCCUUUCUCAAGGCUGCUGCUCGUGGCUCCACCCUUGCCAUGGUUGAUGCCGGCCUCCUCUACUGGGAGAUGGGCAACAAGCACCAAGCUAUUGCCUUGUACCAGAAGGCUGCUGACCUAGGCGAUCCUGCUGCCAAGUGCAAUUUAGGAAUCUCCUAUUUGCAAGCGAAGCCUCCAAAUCCGACCGAAGCUGUAAGAUGGUUGCGGCAAGCGUCCAAGGCCGGCAACAUUCGUGCUCAAUACCAACUUGCUCUGUGUCUACAUCAAGGUCAUGGGGUGGACCGCAAUGUACAGGAAGCUGCUAGGUGGUUUUUUAAAGCUGCCGAAGGUGGAUAUGUGCGUGCUAUGUACAACCUUUCUCUGUGCUACUCUUGCGGGGAAGGCAUGGUACACAACCAUCAGCAAGCUAAGAAGUGGAUGAAGCGGGCAGCUGAUCGCGGCCACAGUAAAGCUCAAUUUGAGCAUGGACUUCGCCUCUUUUCUGAAAGGGACAUGAUGAAAGCUGUAGUCUACUUGGAACUUGCAACUCGUUCUGGUGAAAGGGCAGCUGCUCAUGUCAAGAACGCAAUUCUCCAACAACUUUCGCAAACUUCGCGAGAUCGUGCCAUGUCUCUUGCUGAUAAUUGGCGUGCUUUGCCUUCAUCUCAUUGAGCACUCUUCUGCAAUGAUGAUAUUAUGUUGUGGAGGGGCAGAAGCGUCCGAGUUCAUAGUUCAGUGGCAGCACAAUGACACGAUUCGAAGGAAGACAUAAAAGGAGAGAAUAACAACUAAGAAGAUCCCACUUCCACUACCGAGUAUGGACAGAUAUAUCUUGCGUUGGUCCAGUAAUAAUCAUAGUAUAAUAAAUUAAAAUUGAGCAAAAAAGUUUCAAAGUGUAUGAGUAAUUAAAAUUCCUUAAGAGUGAUGGUGAAGAACUUGUCCACAAUCACAUUAAAAGAAUUCCUGAUUUUCAUUAAAAAGAAAAAUGAAACGAAAAUGCAGGGAUUGCAGUUUCGUGUGCACACUGCACAGUUGUUGAUGAAUAUUGUUGACAUG